GCCUGUUUAGUUUACCCCACAGCCUUAGUUGCAUCCGUUCGACCGUCUUCAGGCGGGUGAAGCUCCUCCGUUUCAGCCUGGUAAACAAGUCUCGCCCAAGUCUCGUUCUGUCAACAUCUAACAGGAGGUCUCCACCGUUUCAAUGCUGCCGGCUAAAGUCGAGCCAUGUCCCUUGCUCGGGAGGGUAUAAAGGCUUGGUUCCCCAAGACGGUUCGGGCUGCAAGCAAGUACAGCAUUUGAUCACUACAACUUCAACAUGUACUGGAAAGCAGCGACUCUUCUUCUACUCGGUCAAGCCCUCGCCGCAGAGGCAAAAGCAGCAAAACGCCAGAGCUGCCCUGAGGUCCAUGUAUUCGGGGCUCGCGAGACGAGCGUCUCUCCUGGCCUUGGCUCCUCUGCCACUGUUGUCAAUGCUAUCUUGGGCGCCUAUUCCGGUGCCACUUCUGAGGCCAUUGAUUACCCUGCUUGUGGAGGCCAGUCCUCCUGUGGUGGCGUCAGCUACGGUGAGUCCGUGGCUGCAGGUAUCGAUGCAGUCGCCUCUGCCGUAAAUUCGUUCAACACGCAGUGUCCAGACACUAAACUCGUGCUUGUUGGAUAUUCGCAGGGCGGCGAGAUCUUUGAUGCUGCUCUUUGCGGCGGCGGAGUGCCGAACCAGGGCAUUUCGAAUACAGAAGUCCGCCUCUCCUCGUCUGCUGUCGAGAUGGUCAAGGCAGCUAUUUUCAUGGGCGACCCGCUGUUCGUGGCUGGCCUGCCAUACAGUGUCGGAACUUGUUCUGCUGGCGGGUUUGACGCUCGCCCAUCCGGCUUCAGCUGCCCUUCGGCAGACAAAAUCCAGUCGUACUGUGACUCUCCGGACCCCUACUGCUGUAAUGGAAAUGACGAGGCGACGCAUCAAGGUUACGGCUCGGUGUAUGGACAAGAUGCGCUCCAGUUUGUGCAGGGUCUGCUGUGAUGCUGACCAGUGGUUACCCAGUUUCUGGGUUGGGGAGGGGAUGAACAAGUCAACGGGGUCCGAUCAAUCUAUUGAGAUAGAUUCUUAACAUUUUGAAUUGAAAUUUUCACGGCUUCCAUUCAAUGAUACAUAGAAUCCCUGUAUAGACAAGACUUCUAAGGCCGGAUCUUGGGACGAUGGCGGUAUACUAGAGCCAAUGCGGUUGGUAUAAAUUUGGCGACACCAAAAUUGUGAAUAUCAAUACUGGUCACCAUCUAGGGUAUUAAACACCAGACGCUGGAGACCUUUAUAUUAGCUGU